GAAAAACUAAUUAGUUUGUGAUAUGUCUAAUCCCUCAAACCAAUCUUCCCAGGAACAACCACAACGAUGUGUGGUUCUUGCUCUUCCCGCAAUCUCAAACACUUCGCUGCGACAUAGAUAUGGUUUGGGAAGACGUGGUGGUAAUAAUCGUAAUCGUAGUCGUGGUCGUGAUGAUAACCAAAGCCCUAGCAAUGGUGGGCGUGGGCGUGGACGUGGACGAAGCCGUAGGCGUAGUCGUAGUCCCAGCCAUAGCAAUGGUGGUCGUGAACCACCCUUUGCAACAAUUAACACAGAGGAACAUUUGACCAUGCAAAUUGAAUCACCCUCUACCAUAAUUAACACAGAGGAAAGACGUGCUGGUGAUGAUGAUGGUAGUCGUAGUCGUGGUCGUGGACGUGGGCGUGGGCGUGGCCGUGGCCGUGGCCGUGGACGUGGGCGUGGACGUGGACGUGGACGAAAUCGUAGCCGUAGUCGUAGUCCCAGCCAUAGCAAUGGUGGUCGUGAACCACCCACUACAACACUUAACACAGAGGAUCAUUUGACCAUGCAAAUUGAACCACCAUCUACCAUAAUUAACAGAGAGAAUGGUACUGAUGCCAACGACAACGUUGUGGCAGUUAAUAACAUAGAGAGUGAUUGUAAAAUUGAUGAAACAGUUCCUCCUAAAACUGACGAAGAGAUCUUAGAAGAUGAGGACGAUAUCCGUAGUUUAUUGGAUAAACUCCCAAUUCCAUCGAUGUUUUAUCUCGGCUUCUAAAACGGGAGGAGCGGACGACGAUUUCAACAUGUUUUUAGACAAAAAAAAAGAGUACCAAUGUUGUCUUUCCUUUUUUCUCUGGAUAAAAUUUGGAACAAUGUUGGAUUAUGCAUUUUAUUUUUCAUUUUUUUAAAAGAAUAAUGUGGG